AUAAUAGUGAUAUUAAGAUUCUAAUAGAAUGCUUUAGACAAGAUCUCAAAGAUUGUUAUAAAUCAUUAGCUACAAAAAUUCGUGAAACAAAUGCUUAUGAGGUUGUUUUAUUGGAUGAAUAUUUGCCACAAAAUAAAUAUGAACGAUAUAAUUUUAUUCAAAAUUUACAGUUAGAUUCAACAAUUAUGCUUUAUCGAUAUUAUCAUAGUAACUAUCUUGGAACUUUAAAUUUUAUAUGGUGCAUUCCUUUGGAUCCCAAUGAAAGAUCAGAUAAUUUACAAGCAAAAAUAAUAAUUGAAAUUCAAGAAAAACUUCCUCAUUAUUUUACUCGCACAAAGUUUGAUAUAUUUUGGGAUGAAGUUUCUGCAUACUUUGAAGAGGUUCAAGCAAGACAACUUAGAAAAUCACAUCCAGAUGCACAUUAUUGUCGUGCAAUAUUUAAAUAUUUUCGUCAUUUUGCAGUAAAAUUUAAAGAACAUACUGCAUUAAUAUUUGCUGAUGAUAAGCAUAAAGUACCUAUUGGUGAAGAUGUUGCAACAUCAACUGGAGUACGAAAUAAAAGUGUAGCUAUCCCAAUUUCAGCUAUAUUAAAUGCAAGUGAUCAUGACUUUACAAAGUUAUCAUUAACACCAUCAGUAAUGUUAUUAGCUACAAUACCUGAAGAACCUACAGAUUCAUUUUAUAAUGGCCAA